GACUCAGAGGAGACGAAAUCAGAAUUCAUUUUAAUGUUGUAGCUGAGGUAGCACUAACGCUUAAGUCAAGGACAUCUUCAGUUAAAAAUAUGGACUGUCCUGGUAAUCCCGAGAAUGCAUCGUUAAGAAGAUGGUAUAGGAGUUUGAGAACCAGCAGCCCAUUUAAUACGCACCUAUCUACGCUAUUGAAAGCGGGCUUCCUCUGUGACGUUUAUUUGAAGGUUGAAGAAACUGUUAUUCCAGUACAUCGCGUUAUCUUGGCGUCUAUUAGUAAUUACUUCAAGGAACUGUUUGAAAAUGAAGCACUAAUAGAUAACACUCUAGAUCUGACUUUGCAAAUUGAAGAUGCUGAUAUUCUAAAGAUUAUUGUUAAGUAUAUCUACCAGGGGGAGGUAACGUUAAAUUCCAGUUCUGUUUUUAUGUUACUUAAUGCCCUCAGUCAUAUUGAUAUCAGAUAUUUAAAAAAGCAUUGUGAACAGUUUCUUUUCGAUCGAUUGCGACCUAUUUUCUUAUUUCCAACCUGGGAAUUAGCUUGGCGUCACAGUUUGCAUGAACUUACGGCUGUAUGCUUUGUUCUUUGUCGUGAAACGCUCUGUAAUCAAGUUCUGCGGAGUAAAUAUAUAAAAUAUAUGUCUAUAGAAUUUAUAGAAUUUAUUAUCGACUCCGAUCUCACCAUCGAUUUUAACUCGGCUGUUUUAAUGAAACUUCUAAUUAACUGGUUAUCUCAUGAGUCUUCUGAUCGCUUCCCAAAUGUGAAACAAAUAGUAAAAAAAAUUCUUUGGAAAAGACCACUUUAUGAAGAACAAAUAAUUGAUAUUGAAACCUUUUUGUUCCCUUAUGACGAUGAUUUAAAAAAGCUAGUUAAAGAUUCUAUGAGAUCCAUAAUGCAAGAAAACUUAUACAGCCCUUCAAAAGAUCUUGAACCGAGUGAAGAAAUUGUUAAAAAGUCUACUGAAUCACAAAGCCAAGAAGCAGAUGAGGUUUUUUAUGAAGAUCAGGCUGCAUGUAAUGAAGGCACAUUUUCGUAUAAAGAUAUGUAUUUUGGAGAAAGCUCUUGUUGCAUAAAUUAUGUAAAUCCGUUAACAUGCUCCUUAAACAUUGGGGCGAACAAGUCUCUGAUUAAAUCAAAGUUUACAAUAGAAUACCUAUGCACUCAAGAUUCUUUACUCGAAGAAAAUCCGCUAUCUGAAGAGUUGCAACAACAGCCGAUAGAUACCCGAAAAUUCUCUGAUCCAAACUGGAGUAUUAUUAUUCAAGAGUCAGAAAACCAAGUAAUUGCAUUAUAUUGCUCAAUUAGUGAAAAUUGGUAUAGUUCUAAUAUGCCAAGAUCUAUAAAAAAUACAAUCGGUUUUCUAAAUGGCGAGAUUGUCUGUAGGCACGAUCGUUCUGGAAUAAUGAUAUAUAAUCUAAAAUUGAUGAAUUGGAGAAUUCUACAGCCACCUUAUCUGGCGGUAGCUGCUGAGGAGGAAUUCGUUCCAUGUUUAGAUAAUUCGCAAGCAAUUUUCUUCACUUGCUCUGGAUCGUUAUAUUCAGCUUGUGCUCUCCGACAUCGAAAAAAGAAAGGUUUUAGAAUAAUUGUGAAUGAAUGGAACCUUGAGGAAAAUGUUUGGGAUUGUAAAAUAUCCGUGCGUCCAAAUAGACGUGAAGGUUUUGUUAUGUCGGUAUCACUUGGCGUUAAAACAUCAACAGGUACGUACAUAUAUCUUAUGGCAUCAGCUACAAUACGUAGAAUGAAAUUAACCGGAGAGUCGAAAAAAAUUGCUUCAAAUAAGUCCAAUAUAAAAGUUAGCAUGAAACCAAAUGAAAUAUUUUAUGUAUACAAAAUUAAUAUGAAGUCUUUGAUAUGCGAAGAGCUUGGAUAUCGUUUCAGUGAACCAGCACAUCUUGAGAAUGUUCCAUCAAUCGUCCUAGAAGAUCGCAUAAUUUUUAUCCUAGAUGUGUAUGAAGCGAUUGAAGAAAACUUUGAAAUGUCUUUUAAAACACGUUCGCAGUUCCCCUUAGAUACGCUGGUACUGUAUCAUGAAAUAAAUCUUUGGAGGAGAGUUAAGUUGUUAUUGCCUCUACCCCCCUUCUAUGACAUGCCAGUUAGGAGAGUCGAUGGAAAACUUUAUUCUGCCGUAUGUAUUUCAUUUUUUAAAAAUUUCAUGUUACUAGGACUACAUCGAACUCCACACGUAUAUCAAAUUGCUAUUUAUGAUAUAGCACGCUUACAGAUUACUGUUCUCAGCCCUGUGCCACUUCCAGCAGUCGGGAAUAUGAUGAUGACUGCAGUUGAUAAUCAUCAGCCUAUAAACAAGAUAACAAAUGAAUAUGCGAAGGACGUCGACCUGAUACCUUAUCACUUCAAUCAAUGGCAAUUAAGAAACUGGUAUGGCAUUAUUGACCCAACUGAAAGCCAUACCCCACGGUAGUUGAGUUGGUUUUAUUUUUACUUCAAUUCAUUAGCGAAAAUUCUUAAAUAUUCUUACUUACACUUGCGCAGGCACUCUUGCGCACUGCCUUGGAAGCUACUUCCAAGACUGUGCAAUACAUAAAAUGAAUUUAAUCCUGGUAUUAUUUAUCUUCUAAUCAUUUGAUAAAGAAAGAGGAACCAAUGUUUUGAAGAACGGACAGUUUGAAUUUCUAUAAGACUUUUAGUCACCUGUUCAUGUAAUAAUUACAGCUUACCAGAUUGAAUCUCAUCAAUAUUCUGGCUUAUAUUCAGUCACCAAUUAUCUGAGCUUAAUGACCUGUAAAAGGAGUGACUUUUUUUUUUUUUUUA